AUGGCUACCACCGCAGAGCUUUUGGAGCAACAGCUCGACCUUUUCCGGGAGAUUCGCGUCAACAACGCCAAGCUGUUAGUCCUCGCCGAGGCCGCUACGAAGACCACGCAUCGAUACUUCACCGAGGAGCUGUAUCAACAAGCCGAGGUCCAGAUGGAUGCUGCCCUUGACUACCUGGCCGAAUUUGCCAUACCUCCCAUUGCCGCCCCGCACAUCAACAUCAUGGACGCUUCGAACGCAACAAAUAUCAAAAUUAGUCCCGUCAAAAGUAACAAUCCCGCGUAUUUGACGACGGCUUUAAUAUUGUGUUCCCUCGCGGAAUACGUGCCACCUCCCGUUGCGUCUCACACUAAGUGGACGCACCUCGACGCCCUCGAAUUAGCCGAUCCUGAUUUCCUGAGUCCUACGCCAAUCGAUAUAAUAAUUGGAGCCGAUAUGUAUGGAAAUAUUCAUCGCGACGGUUCACACAAGGGAACACCACACGAACCGUUCACGCAGAAUACCGCGUUCGGCUGGAUUCUCUCGGGUCCUACCGUCGAAACCUGCCCCCGCAAUUCCGUACCCGCAUAUCAUACUAACAUUUCACCUAAUCUUGAGCAUACCUUAAAACAGUUCUGGGAACUCGAAGAUAUCCCAGCCCGCGUUCAUCCGAGUCCGGAAAACACCCAAUGUGAGGAGCAUUUUGUGACGACUCACUACCGCACCAUGGAAGGACGCUACGUCGUGCGUCUUCCCUUUAGAAAUGGCCCGCCUCGCGACCUUGGAGACUCUCGAUUCGCCGCGUUGAAGAGUCUCGAACGGCUCGAACGUCGUUUUCGAACCGACCCAUCGUUAGCAACGGAAUACACCGCAUUCCUUACCGAGUACGCAAACCUAGGUCAUAUGACUAAGAUAAAUCCUACCGAAUUUCCCGCCCAAGCUCCCGCGUACUACAUUCCACACCGUGCCGUGAUCCGUGAACAUAGCAAUACAACCCGACUUUGUGUUGUGUUUAACGCGUCGUGCAACACCGCCACCGGCAAAUCAUUAAAUAGCGCUCUUCAUGUAGGAGCAAAAUUGCAAACCGAUCUAGUAGCGGUCGUCCUCCAAUGGCGACAACCUCGAUUUGCACUAUCAGCGGACAUCGCCAAAAUGUAUAGGCAGAUUUUAGUACACCCUCUCGAUACGAAGUAUCAAUGCCUCUUAUGGCGAUCGUCUCCGACGGCUCAGGUCGACGAAUACCGACUUCUUACCGUCACUUACGGCACCGCCGCUGCCCCAUUCUUGGCCUUGCGAGUCUUACGGCAAUUAGCCGAGGACGAAGGCUCACAGUUUCCGCUCGCGGUACCGGUUCUAUUACAGCAAACGUACGUCGACGACUGUACUUUCGGCGCCGACGACCUUGAAACUGCCAAACAAACACGAGAUCAGUUAAUUUCGUUGCUAUCUCGGGGCUGUUUUCGUUUGCGUAAGUGGGCGAGCAAUUGCCCUACGCUCCUUGAAGAUCUCGAUCCUUCCGACCAUGGACUCGCAACCAACAAAGAUUGGCACGACCACGAUUCCAUUAAAAUUCUCGGAGUUACCUGGAAACCGGAACACGAUAUCUUCACCUUUCAAGUUUCGAAUUUAAUAACAGUCGCGAAAACUAAGCGCGGAAUAUUAUCAGUCAUCGCGCAACUCUUCGACCCACUCGGGUGGGUAGCUCCCGUUAUCGUAACCGCGAAAAUUUUCCUGCAGCAUCUCUGGUUGACGAAGUCUGAUUGGGAUGACGAGCUUCCCGCCGAGAUGUUGCGCGAAUGGGAAACAUUUCAAUUGACGUUGCCUCUCCUUGAGCAGUUAACUAUUCCGCGCUGGACGCAGUAUCAUCCGAACAACAGAAUUGAAUUACACGGAUUCGCAGACGCCUCCACGCGAGCGUAUGCGGCAGCGCUUUACCUUUGUGUCAUUUCGGGCGACGGUUGCAUUACCAAUACUCUGAUCCUCGCUAAGUCUAAAGUCGCGCCGCUCAAAACCAUUAGCGUCCCGCGUUUGGAGCUUUGCGCUGCGCUCCUACUAGCACAACUCAUAGAUUUCGCUCGUUCUGCUCUUCACCUUCCCGAUAUCGAUUAUUGGUGUUGGAGCGAUUCCAUGGUCGUCCUCGCUUGGAUACGUCAAAGUCCCUCGCGGUGGAAGACGUUUGUCGCGAAUAGAGUCUCAAAAAUGCAACAGCUUCUUCCCAAUGGAAAAUGGAAUCACGUGCCCACGCACGACAACCCCGCAGAUUGCGCAUCUCGCGGUACCGACCCUGCCUCUCUUAUUAAUCACCAACUUUGGUGGCACGGCCCACCAUGGUUAUCACAUUCGUCCGAUCAAUGGCCAGUCAUAUCCGACAUUCCGGCAACGCAUAGUGAAUUACGCGAUUCAAAAGCUUGCGCGACAUGCUCGACGCAGUAUCGGAUUAUACUACCGCUUCGUUCCUUGCCGCGUAUCAUCGUUUUACCGCACGUCGUGGCAUUCCGCAUGCAAUGUACUCCGAUCACGGUACCACGUUUCAAGGUGCCGAUCAAGAGCUUACGGCCUCCUUCCAUGCAGCCACGCGUGAUCCAGCAUUUCAAAAUUACAUAG